AUGAGACCAUGUACUAAUACGGGUCCAAUGUUGAAAAAAGGUGCAUGGACUGUGGAAGAAGAUAUUUCUCUCAAGAACUAUAUUGAGAAACAUGGUGAAGGGAAAUGGCACCUCAUUCCUCUUAAAGCAGGGUUAAAUAGGUGCAGAAAGAGUUGUAGGUUAAGAUGGUUGAAUUAUUUAAGGCCAAAUAUAAAAAGAGGAGACUUUGUUAAGGAUGAAGUUGAUCUCAUACUUAGGCUUCAUAAGUUGCUAGGAAACAGAUGGGCAUUGAUAGCUGGAAGAAUACCAGGAAGAACCGCUAAUGAUGUGAAAAAUUACUGGAACACUCAUCACCGUUCACGUCCCAGGCAACGAAGAAAGAAAAAACCUAAAGAUGAUGAAUCAUUGCAAAAUACCAUGGUCACGAUUAUUAAGCCACAACCACAGACUUUUUCAAGAGCCCUAAAUAUGGGUAACAACCCACGACACACUCCUAUGACUCAUGAAGUUGGUAACCUAAAUUCGGUGAAUAAUGGUGCCAACAAUAAAUUUAAUGUGUCAUCGGGGUUAAAGUUGCAAUCCAAUUUAUUAGAUGACACCAUCAGCAAGUAUAUAGACCAAUUAUUCGAUGAUCAUGAAACGAAAUUUGAUGGAAAUUUUAGUGGUUCUUCAGGGGACGGAGUUGUCGGGAAAGAUGAUAAUCAAAUUAGUUUAUUUGAUUUUCCUAUGGAUGAUAUCACGAUGGACCUUAUACAUUCAGAUCAACUAUGA